AAAAAGGAGGAGGUGGGGGGGAGAAAACGCCCUGGAACUCUGGUUGACAGAGAACUGGGAAAAACAGCAACAGACUCCUGACAGACUGCAAACUUGUGACAGAGUGAACGUGCUCUUCUUGGGCAGGGGAGAAGGGGAGAAGACGCGUUUUCGAGGAUGCUCAAGUCAGUGUGAGGCUUCUUGGGCGCAAAAGUUGCGCACAGAAGUCGAGAAUCAAGAACACAAGUAGCAGACUGAAGCCCUUGGCUUUGCUUGAGCAAUCCAAGGAAAACAACGUUUUAUCAGACCAGUGCUGAAAAAGAGGAAAAGACAAACAAGAUGGCUGAUGAUGAGGACACCAGGGAGGUGCUCUUUCCAGACUGGGAGGGCCCAGACAAAACUGGGUUGACCUUAGAGCAGGCAACUGGUGGAGAGCUUUUUGUCAAAGAAGUGAAAGGAGAGUCACCUGCAGCACGAUCUGGAAAAGUGUAUCAAGGUGACCAAAUUGUGGGUGCCACAAUAUACUUUGAAAAUAUGAGCUCAGAGGAGACAGCAGAGCUACUGAAGACAUUAAACAAACACAAAGUUGGACUGAAACUACAAAACAAAGGAGAUAAAUCUCCUUGUCACUCGCCCUCGAGUACACCAUGUCGUUCUCCAAUGGGCACCCUCACAUGGGAAGGGAGGCUUGGAGCAACCAGUCCAGACAUCAUUCUUAGUGGGGAUGAUGAGGACUAUAAGAGGAUAUACACAAGAAAGAUUAAACCAAGGCUGAAGUCUGAAGACCUUGCAGAGGGAGUGGAUGUUCGCACAGAGAGGCACAGCAGCACAAGCACUGAUGGCAGCACAGUUACGACCAUUACUCGUCGCAUCACUACCUACACAGUGGAAAUGCCAAGUGGGAUAAGUGAGAAACUAGAACUGUCAAGUCCAGAGUUUAAAGGGUUACAGCAUGAAAGUGGAGAUGGCUCCCCACGUAUGAGAAUUGUGCAUAGCAGCUCUUCAGGUAAAGUUAAUACAGAUGAUGGUGUUUUUGAGUCCACUGGUAUCAGCGUUAAAAGUCCUAACAUUGAAGUUACAAGUCAUGAAGGCACUGAAAUCUUAAGAGGGAGUGAAGAGAAGGGAGCUACAAGCAUUCACGUUUUUGAAACAGUCAGAGACAGUUCAAAAUCUGGUACUAUGCAUGUAACAAUAGGAGGGUCAGGAGGAGCAGGGGUAGCAGCAAAUGAUGAAAAAGGAGGAUCAAUUAAUCUGCCUUCACAAGAAAAAAUCAAUCAGAUUUCAACUACAAGCAUAAAUAAAACACAGACUGGAGGACCUGACAGCAGUUUUGUUGAAAGAACGGUGAAAACAUCUGAAGUUACCAUCACUCAGCCACAAAAUAAAGGUUCAAGCUCUUUUGAGGUCAGAAUGAAAGGAGAUACAGAAGGUGUUGAUACUAACUUUACKUCAACAAUCACCACAGGUGAGAUUAGGAAAGGAUUUUUCUCACAUCCAGGUGAGGUAUCAUUGUCAGGUAAAGACAGGAACAUUCAAAUUUCAAAGUGGACAGAUCAAGAAAGACAAACAGUGCCACCCAAAAUAGAAAUAAAAAGUCCAGAUGUGAAAAUAUAUAGAAAAGAGGGUGAUUUGAAAAUGCCUCAUAUAAAGAUGACAUCUGAGGACAUUGACGAGACAAAAGGUGGAAUUAGAAUGCCUAAAACAACAACGUCUUCAAUAAAUAUUACAAGUCAAAAAACUAAGGAUGCAGAGUUGGAAAUAAAAAUGACAGGUCCUAAUAUUGAGGAGGGUGAAAAGCCAAAGUUAAAAGGAGAAAUAAACACUUCAGUCAUCAAYGUUAAAGAACAAAAAAUAGAUCAUGAAAGCUACAAAAGUGGGAAUACAAAACCACAGACAAAAAUGCCUUCAUUUAGCCUAAAAGGUUCAAAUGUAGAGAGCUCAGGUGUUGACAUCAGUCUUAAAGGACCGACAUUUCAGGGAGAUGUGGAUGUUAAAGUACCAAAAAUCAAAGGUGACAUUACAGCACCAGAUCUUGAGAUUGAAGGUCCAAAAAUUGAAACUGAGGGUCACAAAGGAGGAAUUACAAUGCCUAAAUUCAAGACACCAUUGUUUGGCUUGAAAGGUCCAGAAGUUGACAUCAAUAUUCCGAAAGCAAAUAUUGAUGUCAAAGCARCUGAAGUUGAUAUCAAAGGUCCAGAUGUUGACAUUGAGGGAUCAAAUGCAGAACUAAAAGGACCCAAAUUCAACAUGCCAUCCAUUUCAGGACCAACAAUCUCCAUGACAGAGGUGGACUUCAACAUGAGAGGCACAAAAGUCAAAGGUGAUGUAGAUGUUAAUGCACCAAAAAUAAAAGGAGUCACCCCAACACCUGACAUAAAAAUUAAGGACCCAGAGAUUGACACUGAAGGACCAAAGGGUGGAUUUGAAAUGCCUACAAUCAAAAUGCCAUCAAUGAAUAUCAAGGGUCCUAAAGUAGAAAGCCCAAGUGUUGACAUCAGUCUAAAAGGACCCAAACUGGAUGGAGAUGUGGAUGUAAAAUUGCCAAAAAUCAAAGGAGACAUUAAAGCACCAGAUCUUGAGAUUGAGGAUCCAGAAAUUGACAUUGAGGGCCACAAAGGAGGAAUUAAAAUGCCUAAAUUCAAGAUGCCAGCAUUUGGCAUGAAAGGCCCAAAGGUAGAAGGUCCAGAUGUUGACAUCAACCUACCAAAAGCCAAUAUUGAUGUCAAAGCACCUGACCUUGAUAUCAAAGGUCUAGAUGCUGGCAUUGAUGGAUCAAAUGCAGAACUAAAAGGACCUAAAUUCAACAUGCCAUCCAUUGCAGGACAAAACAUCUCCAUGCCAGAUAUGGGUUUCAAUGUAAAAGGCACAAAACUUAAAGGUGAGGUGGAUGUCAAAGCUCCUAAGACAAAGGGAGAAAUCACAUCUGAUGUUGACAUCAAAACUAAACAAAUUGUCAUUGAAGGGCAAAAGGGUGGUAUUGAAAUGCCUAAAGUUAAUAUGCCAUCACUGAACAUCAAAGGGCCCAGUGUAGAAAGCCAUGAUGUUGACUUCAAUCUGAAAGGUCUCAAACUUGAGGGAAAUGUGGAUGCUAAAAUGCCAACAACCAAAGGAGACAUCAAAGCACCAGAWGUUGAAAUUGAAGGUCCAGACAUUGACACUGAGGGUCACAGAGGAGGAAUUAAAAUGCCUAAAUUCAAGAUGCCAUCAUUUGGCAUGAAAGGCCCAAAGGUAGAGGGUCCAGAUUUUGACAACAAUCUUCCAAAAGCAAAUAUUAAAAUCGAUGCACCUGAAGUUGACAUUAGAGGUCCAGAUGUUGACAUUGAGGGACAAAAUGCAAACCUCAAAGGACCCAAAUUCAACAUGCCAUCCAUUUCAGGACCCAAAAUCGACAUGCCAGAUGUAGACUUAAGCUUGAAAGGCCCAAAACUCAAAGGUGAUGUGGAUGUGAAACCUCCUAAAAUAAAGGUAGACAUCAAAACACCUGAUGUUGACAUCAAGGCCCCAGAAGGAGACAUCAAAGCACCUGAUGUUGAGAUUGAAGGUCCAGAUGUUGACAUUGAGGGCCACAAAGGAGGAAUCAAAAUGCCAAAAUUCAAGUUGCCAUCAUUUGGAAUGAAAGGCCCAAAGGUAGAAGGUCCAGAUGUUGACAUUGACCUUCCAAAAGCAAAUAUUGAUGUCAAAGCACCUGAUGUUGAUAUUAAAGGUCCAGAUUUUGACAUUGAGGGACCAAAUGCAAAACUCAAAGGACCAAAAUUCAACAUGCCAUCCAUUUCAGGACCCAAAAUCUCCAUGCCAGAUAUGGAUUUCAACUUGAAAGGCCCAAAACUCAAAGGUGAUGUGGAUGUGAAAGCUCCUAAGAUAAAGGGAGACAUCAAAACACCUGAUAUUGACAUCAAAGCUCCAGAGAUUGACAUUGAAGGAACAAAGGGUGGAUUUGAAAUGCCGAAAUUUAAAAUGCCAUCAUUGAACAUUAAAGGUCCUAAAGUAGAGAGCCCAGAUGUUGACUUCAGUCUAAAAGGACCUAAAGUUGAAGGUGAUAUGGAUAUUAAAUUGCCAAAAAUGAAAGGAGACAUAAAGGCACCAGAAGUUGAGAUUGAAGGUCCAGACAUUGACAUUGAAGGCCACAAAGGAGGAAUUAAAAUGCCUAAAUUCAAGAUGCCUUCAUUUGGCAUGAAAGGUCAAAAACUAGAAGGUCCAGAUGUUGACAUUGAACUUCCUAAAGCAAACAUUGAUGUGGAACCACCUGACAUUGAAAUUAAAGGUCCAGAUGUUGACAUUGAGGGACCAAAUGCAAAACUCAAAGGACCCAAAUUUAACAUGCCAACCAUUUCAGGACCCAAAAUCUCCAUGCCAGAUAUGGACUUCAACUUGAAAGGCCCAAAACUCAAAGGUGAUGUGGAUGUGAAAGCUCCUAAGAUAAAGGGAGACAUCAAAACACCUGACAUUGACAUUAAAGCUCCUGAGGUUGACAUUGAAGGGCCAAAGGGUGGAUUUGAAAUGCCGAAAUUUAAAAUGCCAUCACUGAACAUCAAAGGUCCUAAVGUAGAGAGCCCAGAUGUUGACUUAAGCCUAAAAGGACCUAAAGUUAAAGGUGAUGUGGAUGUUAAAAUGCCUAAAGUCAAAGGAGACAUAAAGGCACCAGGUGUUGAAAUUGAAGGUCCAGACAUUGACAUUGAGGGUCACAAAGGAGGAAUUAAAAUGCCUAAAUUCAAGAUGCCAUCAUUUGGMAUGAAAGGCCCACAGGUAGAAGGUCCAGAUGUUGAUAUUGAGCUUCCUAAAGGAAACAUUGAUCUCAAAGCACCAGACCUUGAUAUUCAAGGUCCAGAUGUUGAUAUUGAGGGACCAAAUGCCAAAUUUAAAGGCCCCAAAUUCAACGUACCUUCCAUUUCAGGACCUAAAAUCUCCAUGCCGGAUAUGGAUUUCAACUUGAAAGGACCAAAACUCAAAGGUGAUGUGGAUGUCAAUGUUUCCAAGAUAAAAGGAGACAUCAAAACACCUGACAUUAACAUCAAAUCUCCAGAGAUUGACAUUGAAGGGUCAAAGGGUGGACUUGAAAUGCCUAAAAUCAAAAUGCCUUCAUUUGCAGUAAAAAGCUCUACCUUGCCAGCUGCAGAUUUUGAAAUUGGAUACCACAAAGGUCAACUUGAGGGACCAGAUGUUAAAUUUGAUGUAAAAGGAGUCAGUCCAAAGAAGUCCAAGUUUAAAAUGCCAAAAGUUGGAUUCAAGGGUCCAAAGGUCAAAGGUUCAGAAACUGACUUGCAAUUGGAACAUGGAGAAAUAAACAUAAAAGGGAUGUCUAGUAGCUGUGAACAAAUUGACUUGGAAGCAGGAGCAACUGGUUCAAAAACAAAAGGAUCCAAAUUUAAGAUGCCAAAAUUUGGCUUUAAAAGUCCAAAAGUUGAYAUGCCUGAAGUUGAUAUUAAUCUUCCAAAUUCUGGUGUUGACACAAAUGCACCUGACAUCAAAAUAGCUAGACCAGAAGUUAACAUUGAGAGUUCAAGUGGAAGCCUAAAGGGACCAAAACACAAGCUGCCAGACAUCACAGGACCAAAGAUAUCAAUGCCAGAUAUGGAUUUAAAUCUGAAAGGUCCUAAAUUUAAAAGUGACGUGGAAGUAUCAAUUCCAAAGAUUGAGGGUAGUCUAAAGGCUCCAGAAAUCAAGACUGAAAGUCAGAGUCCAGGUGUUACAAUCGAAGGACCGCACUUUAAAGUGCCAAAGGUAUCAGGACCUCAAAUUUCUGUCCCAGAUGUGGAUUUCAAUUUAAAAGGUCCCAAGUUUGAAGGAGAUAUUUCAGUUCCAAAAAUUGAAGGUAAAAUUUCAACACCUGAAGCUGACAUCAAAGUUCCAGAGGUUGAUACUGAAGGACCCAGGGGUGGAUUCAAAAUGCCCCAAAUCAAAAUACCAUCGAUUGACAUCAAAGGUCCAAAGAUGGAAAGUUCAGAUGUGACCAUUAACCUUCCCAAGGCCAAACUUGAUACAGUAGCACCCAAAGUUGAAGGUAAAGUGCCAGAAUUUGAAGUUGAAGGUCCUGAUGUAAAACUCAAAGGAUCCAGAAUUAAAAUGUCAACAAUAUCAGGUUCAGGUAUUCCAGAUGUGGACAUUAAUCUGAAAAGUCCCAAAGUUGAAAGUGACGUGGAUGUUUCAAAAACCAAAGGGAAAAUAACAACACCUGACAUUGACAUAAAAGGUCCAAAAAUUGAUACUGARUUGUCCAAGGGAGGAUUUGAAUUACCUCAAAUGAAAUUGCAAUCAGGACCCGCACAUGAUGUCAACUUUCCUAAAACUGACAUCAACGUGAAAGCUUGUGAAAUGAAUAUCAAACCACCAGAAGUUAACAUAGGAAACAUAGAUGCAAGCGCUAGCAUGUCUACUGAGCAUGACAAAACUGGUAUUACAUUUCCAAAGUUUAAAGGUCCUAAGUUUGCAAUGAAAUCUCCAGAAAUUGAGGGGUCUGAAUCUAUGAAAAUUCAGAAAGAUUUUAAAACAGAAGUUAGUUUUUCAGGCACUGAAGCAAGUUUUGAUGCCCCUGACAUAGAUUUUAAUGUAAAGGGGAAAAAGGGAAAAUUUAAACUCCCUAAAGUAAAAGGAAAAUCUAAGAAACCAGAAGCAGAUCUAGAAACAACAGAGGUAGAUCUGGGUGUUGAUAUUCAUACUAAAGGAGCAAAGGUAAAGAAGCCUUUAUUUGGCAAGCUUCAUUUCCCUGAUGUAGAAUUAGACAUUAAAUCACCAAAACUGAAAGGUGAUGGAUCUUUAUCUGAGGGUUUCAAAUCACCUGAUGCAGAUUUACCAUCUGUUAGCUUCAACACUGCCAAUAUUGGUUCUGGCACAGACAGUGCAAAUGUUUGUUUGGAAGGGCAAGCUAUUAAAGUGAACACUCAAAAUGUUUCUUUGCCAGGUGAAAGUUCUAAAGGUAGUUCAGAAAUUAGUACAAGUAUUUCAGGAAGUGCAACUGGUGGCUUUCAAUAUCCAGAAGCUACAAUAACAUUUCCCAAAAUCAAGGUACCAAAAUUUGGUAUUGCACUGCCCAAGGUGGAAGGCCAGAAAGAUGACAAAACAGGUAAAUCAGAAGUUGCAGCCAGUGCUGGCAUGCACAUAGAGUCUCCAUCUGUAAGCUUCCAAGGGAGUUUACAAGAUUCCCGCAUCGAGAUUCCUAGUCCAGAACUGAAGCAUAGUGAAGGCAAAGUAAAGGUAAAGAUGCCAAAAUUGUUUGGAAAAUCAAAAGCUAAGGGAAGUAGUACAGGUGAACUUUGUGAAUCAGAGGUCAUGUUAAGCACAAGUGGGAAAGAGAGCAAAACCUCUAAAGCACAUUCUGCUGAACGGAUAGGUGGAAAAUUAGAACUGGAAGGUGAUCCUGGAGUCAGUGUAUCAACUAAAAGCAAGUCAGCUUCACUGGAUCUGUUUAAAAAAUCAAAACAUCAAUCCCCCUCUCUGAGUGAUGAAGGGUCUCUUGCAGUUAGUUCUCCUUCAGGUCAUUUAGAAGCUGAGGGUGGUGACAUUUCAUUAGACCUAGGAGGAACCCAGGUCAAGGGGAAGAAAGGCAAACUAAAGUUUGGCACGUUUGGAGGUUUUGGUUCUAAGUCUAAGGGCUCGUAUGAAGUGACACUUGGAAGUGACAGUGAAACAGGGAUAGAAGCGGGUGCAGAUAUUUCUGUGCCUUCUAAAAAAUCAAGAUUGUCUUCAUCCUCAAGCAGUGACAGUGGCUCAAGAAGUGGUUUGAAGUUUCCAAAAUUUGAGCUUUCAGCUUCACCAAAAAAGUGAUGGUGUGGUAAAUUAAGCUGUCAUUUGUGCACUCAAAAAUGGUUCCCUAAUACAGUAAACUUUCAGAUUUUUGGUUCUCUAAAACUGAAGAUGGCAUCUAGAGCCAUCUCUAUAUUGUUACAUAUGAAUAAUUUUUUAAGAAUAAUUAUUUAGAAGUGCAUGAGAUUGUUAAAAAUCCCUUCAAAACUGUAAAUAAGAUUAAUUUGUACUYUAUUAAUAAAUACUGAUUUUGUACAUAGUCAAGAUUUAUUGAACAUAUGCCAUCUCACAAAUGAUCAACAAUACCAUAUUACAAAUUAUGUUCUAGUGUCCUGUUUCAAUUUUUAAUGAAUGUUUUUUUUGAACUGGUGUUGUAUAUUUGUGUUUGGGGGUUUAUUGCACAGAGCAGACACUUCAAUAGAUAUUUUGAAGGAAAAUGUUCUUUAUACAUUUAAACACACAUACAAACAGUUACCAUUUUAUCACCUAUAAAAUGGUGUUAUUUCUAUGCUUUGAUGACAUAAUCAGUGCAGAAGCUUAUUUUUGCAACAUAGAGCUGGCCCUUUAUAAUACAUUAUAAAGAUUCACAUUAUUGUAAAUAUUAUAAUUGCAAUGACAAUCACUGUUUGGAAAUUCUCUGAAAUGCUAAGAGUACUUGUUUGUUCAUUUAAAACAAAAUGCAUUUGAUUAAAGUCUAUGAUAAACAACACAAAUGAAAUAACUUUAAUUAUUUUAAACUGUUUUUGUAAUUGUGCCAUUUUUCAAGUUUACUAAUCAACUGUAUUUAAUUUCAUCUUAACACUCUCUUUUUUGUGUAUAUCUCUACWGCUUUCACUAAUUUUUUAAAGGAAAUUUGUCGGUCACUUUUUACAUUAUUUGCAAACAGGUUCUGUGUUGAUAGAAAAGUGCAUAGCAUUGAUCAGAUGUGAUGAACAGCUUCAUUUUUUUGGGUCUAUGCUUUUGUGUGCAUUCAUCCUAAUAAACUAAGUAAACAGAUUUGUAGAAUUUA